CUUCAGGUUAUUUCAGCAGCCCCAGCAAGCCGUGAGCGUGUUUGUCAGCUGACAGAUCUGUUACUCAGAUUGGGUUUUCUGUUGCUGUCGCCAUCUUGUCCGUCAUGGGGAGCCCACCAGCCAAGAUGAUCAUUUGCCCCAUACACAUGCUUUCUGUGAGAAUCAUACAAGCUAAGAACAUCAAGUCAAGAGACCUGUGGACACUUCCAAUUUCCUGUGAAAACUUUGUGGGGCAAUGUUAUUCACUGCUUGAUACCAGUCUGAAGUAUUUAGGCAUCUCGGGCUGCAGUGGAAAUCUUCAGUCAAGUCCAGACUCCAGCUCUGAAAGACAUCACCCUGGAGAUUUCCUUUCACACCGAUGUCAAGCUUCACAAAUGACUGCAUCAGACUGCUAUGUCCGCUUGUGGCUGCCACCUGCUUCAAAUGGAAAGCUUCAGACCAAAACCAUCAAGAAUACUGACAACCCUGUCUGGAACGAGACUUUCUACUUUAGGAUCCAGAGAGAAGUUGAGAACAUUUUAGAAUUGGCAGUAUGUGAUGAAGAUCCACUCACCAAAGAUGACAUGCAGUUCACAGUUCUUUUUAAUGUUGCUAGAAUCAGACCUGGGGAGACACUCCGUGAGACGUUUGCUUUGAAAUCAGAGAAAGAGAGGUGCGCUAGGAAAUGGGAAAGUUUGGAAGUGGAAUUCUGGAUGGAAAGAAUUCCUGGCCCUCCAGAGCGUCUCAUUACCAAUGAUGUCCUAGUGUCCCGUGAGGUUUGCUGCUUGGAAGUUCAAGUGGACAUUAAUGAAAGCAGGAGAUACUUGACAGAGGGCAAAAAUCUCGUGCUUACGGUGUCUGCAUCUCAUGAGGGAACACAGAAAACUACAGAGGACGCAGAUACUUUCUACUUCCAUUGUGUGAAGGCUUGGGAGCCAGUUCUAAAAGUCAGGCUGCAGAAAGUUUCUGAUAAGGAAGAUGACAAUAGCAAUUUAAGUGACACCUUAACAGUACCACUGAAAUUUCUCCCUGUUGGACAUAAAGUGAGAGUAACCCUCCCUGUAAGACAUAAUGUGCCACUGCAAUUGUACCUCCAACUAAAUGAUUGCACAGAAAACCUAGAUGUGCGGUUUGGGUAUGAUCUGUGUCGAGAAGAGCAAGAGUUCUUGCAGAAAAGAAAGAGGGUGGUUGCCAGUGCCCUGAAGAGGGUUCUUCAUCUGGAAGGAGAUCUGCAUGGACAUGAGGUCCCAGUAAUAGCUGUUAUGGCAACAGGCGGAGGCCUCAGAGCAAUGUCAGCUAUGUUUGGCCACCUCUUAGCUCUUCAGAAGCUACAUCUGUUGGACUGCGUUACCUAUGUCACUGGGGCUUCUGGCUCAACAUGGACCCUAGCAGACCUGUAUGAACAUGCCGACUGGUCACAGAAAUCUCUGGAGGGGCCACUUCAGGCAGUAAAAGAACAAGUGACAAAAAGCAAGCUCAACCUUAUGUCUAUAGAGCAUCUGAAGUAUUAUCACAAAGAAGUCAUUGAAAGGAAAAAAGCAGGACAUGUGUCAUCUUUUACAACCCUGUGGUCACUUAUCCAGGAAAUGUUCUUACAUGAACAGCCAAGAAAGUACAAACUCACAGAUCAGCGCAAGGCAUUGGAGCAUGGACAAAACCCAUUGCCUUUCUAUGCAGUCCUCAAUGUGAAAGAGGAGAAGUUCGGUACUUUCAAAUUUAGAGAGUGGGCGGAGUUCUCUCCUUAUGAGGUGGCCAUACCAAAAUAUGGAGCCUCCAUUCGUUCGGAAUAUUUUGACAGUGAGUUCUUCAUGGGAAGGCGAGUGAAGAAGCUUCCAGAAUCUCGGAUCUGCUAUCUGGAAGGUCUUUGGACAAACAUCUUUACUAGGAAUUUGCUGGAUGGCUUGUACUGGUCCUCAAAUUCAAAUGAAUUCUGGGAACGAUGGGCCAAAGAUAUGGUAGAUAUAGAAAAAUCUUCACCCGAGGACAACAUCACUUGCAUCGAGCCUCCAUCUUGUUUGUCAGGGAAGUUGUUCGAGAUGUUUCAGGACAUUAUGACCAAGCGUCCACUACUGGGAAAGUCUCAUAACUUCCUGAGAGGCUUAGAAUUUCAUAAGGAUUAUAUCCAACAGAAAAAAUUUAUUGAAUGGAAAGACACUGUGCUGGACUCUUUCCCUAACAAUCUGACACCGUUGCAGAAAUAUCUUUGCCUGAUAGAUGUUGGCUAUUUCAUCAACAGCAGUGGUGCGGCACUUUUCAAGCCAGAGAGGAAUGUAGAUGUCAUUAUUUCACUUGAUUAUGGUUUGGGGAAUGUGUUCAAGCAACUAGAGAUGACAUACAAAUACUGCAAGAUACAAAAAAUCCCAUUCCCCAAAGUGGAGAUAAGUAAAGAAGAAGAGAAGAACCCAAAAGAAUGUUACGUGUUUUCAGAUGCAGAGGACCCCAGAGCACCCAUAAUAAUCCAUUUCCCCCUGGUGAAUGACACCUUUAAGGAAUUCAAGGAGCCUGGAGUAAAGCGCUCUGUCUCAGAGAUGGAAGAAGGCAAAGUAAAUCUGGAGAACAACUUCUCGCCCUAUUACCUCACGAGGCUAAUCUACUCCUCUGAAAAUUUUGACAAACUCGUGAAUCUGAGCAAAUACAACAUCCUCAAUAACAAAGACCUGCUCCUCCAGGCAAUCCGGAGUGCUGUGGAACGGAGGAGGAGAAGUGGCAGGACUGCGAAUCUCCCCAGCUACUCUGGAGCUGGAUACCGCUGAGCUGGGUUUUUGCACUGUUCCCCACUGAAGGCUGUGACAGUCACAUUACAACACAUCACAGUCACAUUACAACACAUCACAGUCACAUUACAACACAUCAAAGUGUUUGUUAUUUACACAAAACUGAGGAAACCUGUACAUUUCUCAUCUUGCCUUGUUCAUGCUCCCAGCUUUCAAAAGGGUUUAUUUAAUCUCCCCCCCUCAAGUUUUCAGACCACAAGACCCUCACACUGUGGUCUUACUUUUUAAGAAAUUAGGGUCCUGGUUAGCAGAGACCUUCCAGGACCUCCCUGAUGCUAUAGAAUAUGGUGAUGGUGAUAGUUCUUCAUAUGUGCCUGUCCCCUUAAACUUGAGCCCAUUGUUGGUGUCUUUUCAAUGCUCUGUUACAAACCAAGUCCUGGCCGUUUGCAUUCAGUCAUGUCCAGAUUUUCAGGUAGACUGAGCAACUAGAAUUUGCACUGAAUUGGUGGGCUCCGCUUUGAAGUCAGGACAAAGAGUAAUAUAUAUCUGUGAACAACAGCCAAACUGCAAUGUAGACAAUCGCAUUCUGUCUGGCCAAUUCCCCUUGCUGAUUUAGAAAUUAUUCAUUUUUUCCAUUCCUCUGCAAGAGUUUGGCACAGAAACACUGCUCUGGGCUGCCACGAGGGGGGCAGUUACAUUUCAAGGAGAGAGGACAUCGGCUGCAGAGACUGAGUUUGGUUCUUUAAAGUGUUGCCUGGAGGAAAAAAUUCUGCAUAAAGCAUGAGUGAUUAUAUUGAUAUAUAAGUGUAGUGCCUUUAUGCACUGAAAUGUCAAGAGCCCGAAACAAGCUUUUCAUACCAGAAACUCAGGAGGAAUAAUUACCAUAGACUCAAAUAUGUUUAAUUUAAUGAUAAUGACUGAGACAUAAACUGGUGCUCCUUACAUAUGUAAACUGAAUGUAGGAUAACAUAACUCACUGAGUGUAUAACCAUUGUAUUUUCACACCCAGAAGGUUUUUGCCCUUCACAGUCUUCUAUCCGUAACAUCAUAGGCAAGGUAUUUUUAAUAGGUGCUAUACUAAAAUAGAGCACAAAUAAAAAAAGCAAAUUCUUUAUCACACCUCCUUGCUGGAGGAGCAAAUUUGGAAAAAUGACGCCUGGUUUUCAUUUGCUUUGGAGUGCAGUGAGAGACUUUGCCUUGAACUAGGAGCUUGGAACAUCUUUAUAGUCCUCCACUAUAUUAAUAUAAAAAGAUGGUAGGUAAGAAUGCUGGGCAAUACAAAACAGAGCUCCACAGAAGUCAGGGAAGUUUCCAGAUGUCCUAGUGCUGAAGGAUUUGGACCUGCUUCUGGCUUAUUUAAUCCAAACAUAGCAUAUUCGUUGAGACCUCCAAGGAAAAUCUUAUACAUUUUGUCUCUGUUGGAAAUUUACUUGAUAUCUAGAAUUAAUUUUACUUGAAAUCAAAAUUAGACAAAGAAAGAGAAACAGGGGUCUGCUUUUUUGGUGUACAUGGACAGUAUUCAAGUUCAAGGGUUUUUUUUACGAAAGGCUUCAUUGCCUGAACCCUGUAUCUACUAAAUGCUGCUUGUGCUGCAAGCAAAGGGAAUGGAUAAGGCUCAGCAAUAGUCCUUGUACAAGGCUUGUUUACUGAGCUAGGGAAUACCAUGCAAAACCCGAGGAACCUGAACAGCUGGAAAGCAACUGUACAGCCGAAUUCAGACCAUGAGAAAACAAGAACUAGUCGGAUACUGGCUGCAGGAAAAAAUAAAGAGCCUCUGUGAGCUGAAAGGUGAGGUGGCAGCAGGAGGCUGCCUCAGAAGAGUCCGACCAGCAGGAUCUGUUGCCCUCGCACAGGAGAGCAGCACGUCCUGGCACGGCCGUGGUGCGGGUAUGUGCACAUAAAGCAUAUGCAGCUCUGUGCACGCACAUGUACAGGGUGUGCAAUGUUGUCAGGCUCCUCUUGCCGAUCCUGCAAGUAAACCCUUCUAGGAUGACUUGGAAGAGGCUGUGUGCUCCCAUGUCCCAUGGCCUGGCGCACCUUGAUUCACCCGGGCUCUGGUGCUUGCCCCUUCAGCUAGUCAGUGUUUGAUCUGUAACCCUCGUGAAGUUUGGCAGCAUGUGCAGGACAGAAAGGCAUCUCAGACAUACUGAGAAAACUUGGUCUCUCUAAAUGCUCUACAGACCAAUAACUGGGGUUUUCGGUGCAUUCUUAGUGCUGCUGACGCAAGCAGAAAUACCCACUAAAAUGUGAAAGAGACAGAAAAGACACAAGGUUUUCAGAUAACUCACAGUCAGUGCAGAAUGACUUUUCUGAGGGACUGCUAAACCCUGUUAUAGAGUGAGGAAUGUAGCAGUGGGUAGGGAAGGCAGUGGGAAGCUGGUGUCACUCACCCUUUGCCGGGAGAACUGUCACCCAAGGUUGUGCCAACACUUAAAGAGUAGGGCCAGGGGCUGCUGCUUAACCUUGCAGCCAAGAGGCACAUGCAAGUGUGUGCCCCUUGACCUCCUGGGGUCCCCAUGUGGUACCCCUGUAGCCUUAAACGGUAACAGAUUUUAAAAUAUUUUUGCAUUUCAGAGACCCAGAUUACAUGUGGGCUGUAUCAUUGCGCAGAGCGUCGGUUUUUCAUUUUCUUAGUUUUUCGUUGUUGUUGUUUUUUUGGUUUGUUUUGUGGGUUUUUUUUGGGGGGGGGUGGGGGGUGGGGUUGGUUUUAUUUUUGCUUUAUUUUGAUUUUUUGUUUGUUUGGGUUUUUUGUUUGUUUGUUUUGUUUGGUUUUUGUUGUUUUUUUAUUUUAUUUUAUUUUGGGGGGUGUUUUUGUGUGUUUUGUUUUGCCCUACCCCCUUUUUUUUCUUUUUUUUCCUUUUUUCUUUUUUCCUUUCUUUUUUUUUUUCGUUUUUCCUUUUUUUCCUUUCUUUUUCUUUUUUCCUUUUUUUCAUUUUUUUUCCUUUUCCCCUUUUUUCCCUUUCUGUAGCAGGACAUCAAGGCAGUAUGUUGCUGACCUGGCGGUGUGGCAGGAGGACCUGGAGGGCAUUUGUGCGGGCAAAGGCUGCUGGAGGACUCCGCAGGGUGGAGGGACCUGCACCUGGCACAGCCCCAUCUGUGCAGCUUGUUGGGAAGCGGCAGCUGGCACACCCUGACCCCCCAAAGCACACCUGGGCCCUGGUUCAGCACCUGCUCAUUUGCACAGCCCAAACCCCACAAAACUGUAGAGCACAAAUGCAGUGACAUGCUGCAUCAUCAGUGACCUGUGCUCAGGUCUGCUCCUUGACACGUGUUUCCUUCAGGAUGUACAUGAAGCCUAAUGGAAUGCACCACUGAAAUGUUACCUGUUUGUUCCCCAAAGGUUGUAUGUUUGUUCCUUGUCCCCAGUCGUGCCUGGCCACGUGCUACAUGCUGUCAAGUUGCUGUUGGAGCAGCGUGUGUGAAAACUAAAGCAAGUGCUGCAAGGCGAAAGCUCUCUGCUUCUCACCAGAAAAAAAAUGUGUAAAAACACACAUGGCAUGCUAAUGAAAUGGGCCUUGCUCGUCUGGCAUUAUGUUUGCUUAAGCACUGAAGAUGAAUGCAUGUGUGCGAAAGCCUCAUCCGAAAUGUACCACAGAUCACUGCUCUCAGAUGAACAUCUUGCUGGAACCCCCCCCCCCAAAUACAGAGCUUGCUAUCUGCUGCCAAACACAAAGGAAACAAAGUUUGUUUUUACAACUGUUAGCUACUCUUUAUAGAAAUUGCUUGCUUGUGUCUUUUAGCUGUUUAAUAAUAUAUUAAUUAAAAAUAAAAUAUUGUGAAGGAGCACCAGA